UCUUAUUAUUUUGGAUUAGUGCUAAAAGACAGGGAGCGUUGUUCACAGAUUUCUCCUUGGGGAUCAAUAAAAUCCAUCCAUCCAAACUGACAUUUUCUACUGAUGUAACUCUAGAAGAUUCUUUUGGCUGAUUGGUGUCCUGAUGCUAAGCGGUCGUGUAGCCUGUUCGGACAAAUACGCAUCUGGUAAAAACCCGAGCGUUUAUAUCGGAGAGAAACCGGAAGCGUGCGAGUCUCCUGAUGAUUACAGACAAACAGAAGCCAUAAACUCAUUCUUUAGCCAAACGUGUCCAUCCUCCUCAGUAAGAACGUGAGCUAGCUAGUUUUAGGCAAGCUAUGUAGGUUCUUUAGCUAACUAGCAACUUGUUAAUUUCUUAGUUAGCAAACCUGCUUCACUGAUAUGAUAGUUAGCUGCUAAAAACCUGUGUGUUUACGAACACUUUCCUGAUAGAUGAUUUAGUCAAUCUUUUUCAGAACAGCAAACAUUUCAGGUAUUGAGUGUUUACAUAGGGGUGUGUGUGUGUGUGUGUGUGUUUACAGUGCGUUAUCUACAUCCUGUGUGAUGGGACAAAGUCGGAGAGCGAUCGAUGUGUUUCAGGAACGUUUCCAUCCUGAAACGGUCCUUCACCUGCGCACGCGAAUAACAUCUUUUAUUUUAUGAUGUAAAUCGGCGUGUCUCGGACCACGCCCAGAACCACAACGAUACGGGGGACGGUCGUUACUUUGUGCUCAAUAAUCUCUUAUUUCUCAUCCUCACUCUACACACAUGAAUCCUGAUCCCACAGAGAUCCAGUCCGGUGACUCUGAGCGGAGACGAGCGCCGCGGUCCCGUGAUCCAGUCCCACUCGCCUCGCCGCCAUGUCUUAACACCCCGCCCUCUCCUUUGAAAGCCCCACCCCUUCCUCCCUCCCCUCCCUGUCCCUCCUCUCCCCCCUCCUCGUCUUCCUCAUCUUCUCCCAGUUCCAGUGUUCCUUACAGAGAGAUGAGUCUGAAUCAUCACCAGACCCAGGACUCGGAGCGAGAUCUUCCCUCCUCCUCCUCCGUCAGGAAGACGCCGAAAAAGAGGGGCAUCUCGCUCCGUUCGCUUUUCCGAAGACGCCGGUUGGAUCCGAAGUCUCGCAAAUCGCGAGCGUUGGCGGGCGGCGUGGACGGCAUCGCUAGCGUCGAGAGCGUCGUCCAGUCGGAAAUGCAACAACAGCAACAGCAGCAGGAAGUAGCGUCCACGUCCACGUCGUCCUCCGCGUCCUCCGCGUCUUCCGAGUUCCUGGAAUGUCCCCUCUGCCUGCUGCGCCACGCCCGAGACCGCUUCCCUGACAUCAUGACGUGUCACCAUCGCUCGUGCGCCGACUGUCUGAGGCAGUACCUGCGCAUCGAGAUCUCGGAGAGCCGCGUGAACAUCAGCUGCCCCGAGUGCUCCGAGCGCUUCAACCCCCACGACAUACGCAUGAUCCUGGGAGACCGCGCCCUCAUGGAGAAGUACGAGGAGUUCAUGCUCCGGAGGUGGCUCGCUGCUGACCCCGACUGCCGCUGGUGCCCCGCCCCCGACUGCGGGUACGCGGUGAUCGCGUUCGGUUGCGCGAGCUGUCCGAAGAUCACGUGCGGACGCGAGGGAUGUGGAACGGAGUUCUGUUAUCACUGUAAACAGCUGUGGCAUCCGAACCAAACGUGCGACGCGGCGAGACAACAGCGAGCUCAGAGUCUGAGACUGAGACCGUUCAGAUCCUCCUCACUGAGCUACAGCCAGGAGAGCGGCGCUGCGGCAGACGAUAUAAAGCCCUGCCCCCGCUGCGCUGCUUACAUCAUCAAGAUGAACGACGGGAGCUGCAAUCACAUGACCUGCGCCGUGUGCGGCUGCGAGUUCUGCUGGCUCUGCAUGAAGGAGAUCUCCGACCUGCACUACUUAAGUCCUUCAGGCUGCACGUUUUGGGGUAAGAAGCCCUGGAGCCGGAAGAAGAAGAUCCUGUGGCAGUUGGGAACGCUGGUCGGAGCGCCCAUCGGGAUCGCACUGAUCGCCGGCAUCGCCAUCCCGGCUAUGAUCAUCGGGAUUCCGGUGUACGUCGGCAGGAAGAUUCACAGCCGCUACGAAGGAAAGGAAAUCUCGAAGCACAAGAGGAACCUGGUGAUCGCCGGCGGAGUCACGCUGUCCGUCAUCGUCUCGCCGGUGGUGGCCGCCGUAACCGUCGGUAUCGGAGUGCCCAUCAUGCUGGCGUACGUGUACGGCGUGGUUCCGAUCUCUCUGUGCCGCAGUGGAGGCUGCGGCGUGUCGGCGGGGAACGGGAAAGGAGUGCGCAUCGAAUUCGACGACGAAAACGAAAUGAACGUGGGCGGAGGUGCAGCAGCGACCGACAGUACGUCGGUGGCGGAGACGAGGCAGAACGCGAGUAUCGGAGGCAGCGUCGGCGGUCUGACAGGCAGCCUGAGUGCCAGCGGGAGUCACAUGGAGCGAAUCGGAGCCAUGAGGGACAACGUGAGCGAAAACGCCAGCACCAUGGCGCUCACAGGAAGUCUGUCAGGCAGCACUGUGGGCCACUGCUUCAACAGGCUGGAGGUUCAGGCUGAUGUACAGAAGGAGCGCUGCAGUCUGAGCGGAGAGUCUGGAACGGUCAGUUUGGGGACAAUCAGUGACAACGCAAGUACCAAAGCCAUGGCUGGAUCCAUCCUCAACGCCUACAUGCCUCUGGACAGAGAGGGCAGCAGUAUGGAGGUGCAGGUGGAUGUGGAGUCUAAACUAGGGAAGCUCCGGCACCACAGCGGCAGCAGCAGCAUGGAGGAGGGCAGCACCGGGGGCCGCGGCGUUUGCCCCUCCACCUGCCCCCACGAGGGCAAAUACGGCUCGGGGAAGAAGAGCAAAGGCAAGAUGCGCAAGAAGACGGGCAGCACGAAGAUCAACGAGACGCGGGAGGACAUGGACGCGCAGCUGCUGGAGCAGCGCAGCACCAACUCGAGCGAGUUCGACUCUCCGUCUCUGAGCGGCAGCCUGCCCUCCGUCGCCGACUCGCACUGCAGCCACUUCUCCGAGUUCAGCUGCUCCGACCUCGACGGCUCCCGACCCCCCAACGCCAUCAGCCCCCUUCCCGAGGUGGAGAACGACCGGCUGGAAAACGGCCCCGCCCCCCAGCCGCUCUGCUCCGCCCCCCUCAGCCCGGAGAGCUCUCCUAAAGAACGCAAUAACAACGUCGCUCCUCAGCCGAGCACCCCGGCGCGCAACGUCUGUAUUCAGACUGAGAUUUAGCGCUUGAGCUAACCCGACGCUAGCUUUCGAUCCUAACCCGAGGUUGCACACGCACGUACACACACUUACCGGUUUCAUAUUACGAUGAUUAAAAAACAAAAAAAACAAACAAAAAAAAAGACUCUCCGCAAGUCUUCACGUUGUCAUUUUCAAGUAUGACGAUGAUGAUGAUGAUGACAGGAAGUGACUUCAAAGACUCGAGCGGUUUAAAAAAAUAGGUUUGACGGGCUGUUACAGCAGGUGACUGACAGAUGCGGAUGUGAUGAUGAUGAUGAUGAUGAUGAUGAUGAUGACGAUGAUGUAGCUGUCGAUCACUUUAACGCCUCUAUUUCAGCUGUGAUUGAGGGUUUGUCCGAGUCUCAUGGAUCACAACACGGCCGUGUUCAGAGCGUGUGCCGAUAUUCAGUCGCCGUAUCCGUAUCGAGACCACGCCCACCGACCAGAAUUUAAACACGUCGAUAGAAUUAUUUAAAUUUCUACUCUCACUUACACGCAUGAAUACAUACUAUCAUACAGUGGUUGCUAUGGUUACGUCUCUAGACUCGAUGCUCUUCUCAUACAAAUCGUUUGUUACCACACAGCAAAAAAAAAAAAUGAUCGGAUUCCGAUAAAGUAUCGUAAAGUAUUAUUUAUGAUUGUCGUCAUGGUUACGUAGUAACAAAGUGUUCGCUUCGAUCUUUCGACCCGAUCUGCGUCCCUUUGUAUUAAUAAAAAUAAAAACCUCCACGUAUUGAUACUUGCUGGCCAAUCGAGCGUAAUUUCUGUGAUUGAAACGUAAAAACGUUUCAUUCUGUUCUUCUGGUUAACGUUAAAACGACUCUCUUUACAGAAACAGGUUCCUCGAGGGUUCCUCAUGAGGACACACACCAAAGAACUUUUUUUUUUUUUUUUUCUUUUGGGUGCGUGUUAAAUAUAUCGUAUGUAUCGCUGACUAUCGGCACAUGCCCACACACACACACACACACACACACACACACACACACACACACACACACACAGAGUUCUACAGGCCCGGUUCUAUCUGUGGUUGGAGGCUUUUUUUUUUUUUUUUUUUUUUUUUUUUUUGUAACUUUAUUUGAGGAGUGUUGGAGAUGUUCUGGAGAUGUUCUGGAGAUGUUCUGGAGAUGUUCUGGAGAUGUUUCCUCAGAGGGACCAGCAGGAGAUUGAGCAGAUUGUUUUUUUUUGUUGUUUUUUUUUUUUUUUCCUGUCUCAGUAAUUAUUAUUGUAAAUGAUUAUAUAUUUUUUUCCUUUUCUUGUUGAAGAUAUGAUUCUUUUCGUUUCAUGUUUUCUUUUAUUUUCCAUUUUGGGAAAGGUCGUUAUGUGUCGAAGCCCUGUGUUGGGGGUCUAAACUUACAACCCGAACCCGUCCGAGAUCAGAACAGGACCGAGCGGUGACGCAGAUUCAAUCAUGAUAUUGUGAAUAGGUUGAAAAAUAUACAUCUGAUCAUUUUUCUUGUCUGUUUUGGACAGAAAUUGACAUCACAGAGAUGAUCUGAUGAUCGCAGAGAGUGUGUGUGUGUGUGUGUGUGUGUGUGUGUGUGUGUGUGUGUGUGUGUGUGUGUGUGGGGAAUAUGGUGAUGUGUUCUGCUGUAUCGAUAAGUUUGUUCAUUUGCCGAACACUGAUUUGGUCCGAUCAGAAGGAUCUGCUUUACUCCCCGUAAUUAAGACUUUUACAGCUCCAAGGCUAUGAUGGUAAUCUCUCUCUCUCUCUCACACACACACAUGCGCACACACACACACACACACACACACACACACACAUAUUCAGGUCAGACACGAUUAAUACGUGAUUCUGGGUUUGUACCCAUGUGGACUUAUGGUGCCUUUUGGAUUUAAACAAAAAGCUGUUUGAGUUUCUUGUUCCUCCGUUCUGUGUCUUUCAGAGUUAAAAAUAAAAAGAGAAUCAAACCCA